AUGCUUUCCGAAAAGUUUCUCCACAAAUGCGUUUACCAUGUCCUAAUGCUCCUCGUGCUCAGUCACACCUCGUCAAAUCUGUUAAAAGUUCUUUAUAUCUUUCAAAUUUUAGGUGAUAUCCUACCUUACUUCCAUAAGGAGUACCCACUUAGAAGGACUAGAGUGCCCGCAGUAGCGCACACCUGCCGACGAGCGAUUCGUCAGGCUAGACCAGCACAACCGGUUUCGGUGGGAACUUCAAUGGAAGGCGAUAGUCAUGGCAGCCCUGUUGGUUCAUCUAACCCUCCAUUUGGCACGGCGGCAAGGGAAGAAAAGUUGGUCAAAAAUGACAGUCCGAAGCCAACUUGUCGUCCACGGCUCAAAAAACUCCGCAGACACAUGUCAAACCUCUUCCUGGGAUGCUGUCGUGGUGGUGCUGAGAAGCCUUAG